GACACUGUGACUGUAGAAACUUGUUGUCAGUUUAGUUGAGAUGUAACACGUUGUCAGCAGUUUAGUUGCGCAAAAAAUGAAUACAUUUACACGAUGCUGUGCGUUGAACAGAACAAAGUUUCAUCGAACAGUUUUAAAUAGACAAUUUCAGACUACAACGAGAAGGUUAUUGGAACUUACAAGUGUUCGUUAUCCAAAUGUGAAAAGGGGAAACUAUGGCAUUGUUAAGGAUAGUGACGUUUCUGAGUUUGAACGACUAAUUCCAGGAAGAGUGUUAACAGAUUCUCUAGAAGGAUACAAUAUAGACUGGUUGAAAACAUGCAGAGGUGCUAGUCAAGUUGUGUUGAGACCAAAGUCCACUGAGGAAGUCUCGGCCAUAUUGAAAUAUUGCAAUGAGAGGAAGCUUGCAGUUGUACCCCAGGGAGGGAACACUGGUCUUGUUGGUGGAAGUGUACCUGUGUUUGAUGAAAUUGUGAUCUCUACACAACUGAUGAAUAAGAUCAUCAGUCUUGAUGAAACAUCAGGGACAUUGGUUUGCCAGGCUGGAUGUGUACUAGCUACAGUAGAAGACUAUUUAUCCAACUACAAACUUACCAUUCCUGUUGAUCUUGGUGCAAAAGGAAGCUGUCAUAUUGGAGGCAAUGUAGCAACCAAUGCUGGAGGGAUAAGACUACUAAGAUAUGGCUCACUACAUGGCAAUGUUUUGGGACUGGAAGCAGUUUUGGCUAGUGGUGAAGUGGUUGACUGUCUCUCUACACUGCGGAAGGAUAACACAGGAUAUGACCUUAAGCAGUUGUUCGUUGGAUCAGAGGGAACUCUGGGAAUUAUCACAGCAGUGUCCCUCAAUUGUCCUCAGAAACCUCAAGCUGUCUCAGUAGCAUUUUUAGGAUGUGAAUCCUUUCAAACAGUGUUAGAUAUAUUCAAAGAGAGCAGACAUCAACUUGGAGAGGUUUUAUCAGCCUUUGAAUUCAUGGACACUCAGUCAAUGACUGUUGCUAAAGACAACCUCAGGCUGAACAGUCCCAUCACAGACUUCCCUUUCUAUGUCUUGAUUGAAACAUCAGGAUCUAUUGGAAAGCAUGAUGAAGAAAAACUCAAUCAAUUUUUAGAGAAUGUUAUGAGUUCUGGUCUAGUUCAGGAUGGAACAGUGGCAACAGAACCUACAAAAAUUCAAAAUAUUUGGUCUUUGAGAGAGAGACUUGCAGAGGGACUCCUACAUGAUGGAUAUUGCUACAAGUAUGAUGUAUCUCUACCCCUCCCUUCUUUCUAUGAUUUAGUGGAAGCAAUGAGAGAGAGGCUGGGUACCAUGGUAACCAGGGUCGUAGGUUAUGGACAUGUUGGUGAUGGAAAUCUUCAUUUGAACAUGACGUCACCUGAAUACAGUACAGAAGUGAUGGCUAAAAUAGAACCCUAUCUGUAUGACUGGGUCGCAGACAAAAAGGGCAGCAUCAGUGCCGAGCAUGGCCUGGGAUUUAAGAAAAGAGACUUUAUAUACCACAGUAAAUCUAAGUCAGCAGUAGUCUUAAUGAAAGAAAUUAAAAAGACUUUUGACCCAAACAUGAUUUUAAACCCCUAUAAAGUAUUACCUGACUUUUGAAAAAAUAGUAACUUAUAAUAAUUGAAUGGCAUUCAUCAUUGCUUUACAGUAACUGUGAUUACUUUCUGCAAUAUUUUGAUUUUCAGUGAAUUAUUAAUAAUCCUUAAGAUUGUUUUGUGAUUAUAAUUGUUAUAAUAAAAUCACUGAACCUGCAAA